UUUCAGAUGGAUGAUACUGGUAAACAUUGGAACUCAGCAGACUGUAAAUAAUUGAUUUAGGACUUCAGUAUGUCCAGUGCUUUCCGGGCAAUUUUCAAUGUGUUUGGUAUUGGGUACUACCGGAGUAUCUGUCGCUGUCUACGUUACAAGUCAUUGUUUAAACUGCAUAAUACAGCGAACAGUGCUGAAUGUUUAAUUGACACACGUGGGAGUGGAUUCAGCCUGAAAACAGCAUCCGUUGUUGGUUUGUUGUUCGGAAGUUUUCAUUUGUCUUUGAUGCGUUCUUCUGAUGAACACCAAAACUCUGAUAUUAUAUGCAAUGAAGGAAGCAAAGUGGAGAAAAACUACCAACAUUCCUACCAACAUUCUGAAGCUGUAGGAUGGUUUUCAGAAAUGCAAAGUGAUCACAAGGAGAGCUACGUAGCACGAGUUUUGAAAAGAACACUGGAGCAAUCACUGAUGUCACUGAUAAAGAGUGCUACGGCAAAAGUAAGAUUUGCUUUGGACAAUUGUAAUAGUGGUUGUCAAUUAUCACAUUGUACUGCAACAAACCGAACUGAAGAUGUUGCUGAGCAAAGAGAAGGGAGAAAUAUUACCUUGGACGAUCUGGUUAAAAAUGCUAUUGCACGGAAAGAAAUAAAUAAGAUCAUCAGGGUAAUUGAUAUUGGACGUGGAGAAAAGGAAAUUCAAGACCAUCCAUUGCUUCCUAUUGCUGAAGCGACAGCGCAUUAUUUGAUGAGACAAAUGGAUUACGUUGAAGCUUAGAACUGAGUUGUUUUUUUGUGAGUGGAAAAAGAAUUGUCAGUUCCAGGUAGUAUUGGGAAACCUGAAAUAGUUUGCCCCAAUUUGACUAUGACUCAUAUUGAUUGGUAAUAUUUAAAUCUUCCGUUCUUCUUACUCAUCCGUAUUAGAUGCAUAUACGCAGUAAUAGACAAAGAGCCCAUUAUGACACUGCCUUGCCUAUUAUGUACCUUCUUGAAAUUGUGUUGUAAAUCCUCAUUGUUGACGUUAUAUAUAUAUAUCCCUCUUCGACAUUGUGAAUCCCUCCCACUUGUAUGCUGUAAGGGGGUUCAUAUUUUAUAAAGAGGGGGGGGGGGUGACUCAUAUAAGGGCUCAUAUCUUUGUCCCGAAUUACUUUCCCUUCAUUUCGAUUCAUCACUUUGUUAAUACAAUCCAUCUCAACGCACAUUUCCCUCUGUCAUUUGAUUUUACAUUGGUUAUCACUCUAAAUAUUCCAUUGGUUAACAUACUGUUCUGUUGAAUUCGCUCUUCGUUGUCGCAAGUCGAAAAAUUCGAACUUUACUUCCUCAAUGGAAGUAGGACCUUCGUUUUUCAGCAAUAUUUUUGAUUCAGUUACCAUUUGUAUCCUUGCACGACAACUUUCGCGACAGGUGGCGUUUCUUUUUGCUUCAUUAAUCACGGUUCUGAUGUAUUAUUGUGUCAACUAUGUCAUGGAUUGCUAGGUUAUAUUGUUCCGUAUUUCAUCUAUUCAUUUGUUAAAUAUUGAAUCGGUUUUUAUUAAUUUGUAGAACAGUGCAACUGUAAUUAAAUUUAGGGAAAAGUACAAUGUGCUUUUCUCCCACAACUCUUUAAGGACGUCUAGUAGCAAGUUUUUUUUCCCUGCUACAUAUUUGAAUUCACUUUUUUCAUAACCUUGAACUUUGUUCUGUAAAAAUGAGAAGCAAAGGAUGAAGCUCUUACACUGUUAUUCACC